CAUUGUCACUGAUGACCUCCUCCGACCAACUGAAACAUGCACUACACAUAACUUCAUUGACUAGCAUUAUGAUUAACUAGAAUACUGCUCACUUUGGCCAGUCAUGCGAGUUUUAGAAGUCAGAUUCAGUUGUCAUUAUUUUAUUAGAUGGUAACAGUGUGAUCGAUCCGUGAGCAGACGACAAGUGUGAGGCUCCUCUGCUCUCCCCUAGCCCACGCCCACCAGCAUGUGAGGUCAGGCGUGCCCUUCUCUGCAUGACCCACCGCACUCACUGUAAUUCCUCACCCAGAACCACAUCGCGAGGACUAGAAAGCUUGGGUCUCAUGUCUGGCGCCAGGGAGUCCGGUUCUGCUGCUGCCUGCCUCUACCGCCCUGUCUUCCUCGUCAUGUGAGGAGUGGAAGGGCUCUUUACUAUGGAAGAUUACAAGUUUCUGUUCAAGGUGGUCUUGAUUGGCAAUGCUGGAGUGGGGAAAACAUGCCUUGUUCGGCGAUUCACACAGGGAUUGUUCCCACCUGGGCAAGGAGCCACAAUUGGGGUGGACUUCAUGAUUAAAACAGUAGAGAUUGAUGGAGAAAAAAUCAAGCUUCAGAUCUGGGACACAGCAGGCCAGGAAAGGUUUCGCUCCAUCACACAAUCAUAUUACCGCUCAGCCCAUGCUCUCAUUCUGGUGUAUGACAUAUCCUCUCAGCCUACCUUUGAUUGCUUGCCAGACUGGCUAAGAGAAAUCGAGCAAUAUGCCAGCUGCAAGGUCCUUCGUGUACUUGUAGGUAACAAAACAGACCGAGAGGACAGGGAGCUCCCCACACAUGUAGGGGAAGAGUUUGCUCACCGCCACAAUAUGUACUUUAUUGAAACUUCCGCUAAGGAAGCUGACAAUGUUGAGAAACUCUUUAUUGAAAUAGCCAAGGAAUUAACACAGCUUGUUCGUAGUGGACACUUUGACAAGGACAGCAAAGUUGGAGACCUGUCGCCCCAAGAUGUGUCAAACGUUACUCUUCCUCCAGCAAGGGAAACUCGAUCAGAAUUUGCUUGUUGCUCACGAUGGCUGCCCUCCUCCACGUAGCCAAGCCAGGGCUCCCAGAUCUGUGGUGGUGGUGUUGUAAGUCUGAUACUCAGUCAUAGCUUUAACCAGAGAUACCUUUAAGCUUUCAGUGGUGAUUCUGUGGCAUUGCUCUUUGGAGUAUCAAUAUGGACUGUGCACUAGUCUUUUUUUCUUUAUUGAUGUAUGUAAGAUUUAAGUCUUUUAAAUACUGAGUUUUUUAGUAUGUUUGUAUAUGAGAAAGGCUUGGUUAAGAUGAUGGGAGGAGAACCCAUGUGCAGAAGAAUGCUUAGCUUAGUCUUGAGGGACGACUGAAGCAGGGCUGUUGAGAGGUGGCAGUAAUGGUUGAGGGAAAAGGUUGCACAACUUUGACAAGUGAGUGGAUGUCUUCCUUUUCUCUUCACAUAAGAAGUCCAGAAAAAGAAUGCUAUAGUGAAGAUAUACCCUUCACUUGAGCCAGUUUUGCUGUAAUAUUGAUUUUAUUGAGUAGCCUCAUACAUAUAUAACGUUUUAUUGGAAUUUCAGUAUUUGUACUCAUUAGUUUCCACACCAAAGCCAUACAGUUUACCAGUUAGUGAAUUUCCCAGUUGAGUAAAUGUUUCAGUAUCAUUUCCUAUUAGCACUAUUACUGCCACCACCACAAUGAAAACAACAAUAACUUACUAUUUUUGGGUUUUGAAGAAAUUACAUGAUUAUAUAAAAUUAAACUUAAUGUAGUUUGAAUUUUUUCUCCAAUAUAGGAUCUGCAGAUGCAGGAAAUAAUUGCAAAUGGAAAAUGAAGCAGUAGAUAUAGAAAUUAACGAUUAUCAGAUGACAAUCACAUGAGAUUUUGUCGCUUUCUAAUGUUCUGGAUUUAUUCUUUUUCAUAGCCCAUUGUACAGAUAUUUAUUGUUGCAAAAAGUCAAAUAUUUGUAUCAUAUUAUGGCAGCUGUCAUAUAAUCAAGUGUUAUUGAAUUGUGAUAUUGUGUCAGCACUCCACCAGAAUUGAGAAUUAAUUCUCAUACAUACAUGGAUGUUACUGAAACCUGCUAUACCCUUUGUCUGUCAGGUGUUGUGUAUCAAGAUGAGUGUUGCAGAACCACCUCAGAGUUAACAUUAAGUAAGACUUGUUAUUUUAUCAUUUCUUAGCUAAGUGCUGUAGCAAGAAAACUACUCUGGAGGAUCUUCAAUGUUUUGCUGUAAAAAAAUUGGCUGUGAUAUAGUAAUGGAUCACUACAGAAACAUUCCUUUUUGUACACCUCAUGAACACUGCUUCAGACGUGGGACGAAGGCUUUGUUUUGUGCUGUGAAAGAUGUGUAGUUUGGGCCACUUUUAUUUUCUGGGUUUUAUUACUAUUGUUCACUUAUUCCUUCAUUGACUCGUAUUGAAAACCAAGCGCUUUUUAUUUUACAUUUAAAAAUUUAAUUGAUUCUUUUCUUAACUGGGUAUUAUAUAUUAAGGUUUGGUAAUUAAACUUUUAAAUUCACUUUGCUAAAAUAUAUAAAGGAUGUUAGAAAGGUUUCUUUGUAUGUGUUACUUUUUAAGAAUUAUUUCAUUCCUGUAACUAUUUAUAACUACACAUGAGGUUACGUUUUUUGUUGUGUUGGCUCCAUCUUACUGCAUUUUCCCAUGAAAACAUCUGUGCUUUUUUAUUUUAUUUAUUUAUUAUUAUUUUUUUUAAUCACCACCUUUUGAAAUAUGAUGUCUUUGUGAGAAGAUCAAUUUAUGUCAUGCUAGUGAGAUAUUUGGCUGGUGGGGAGAGCAGUUUGUCAAGAUCAAUGAUGAAUGGAUGGACUAUAAGCAUGUCUUGCAUCACACCAUAUUUAAAUGAUGAUUGUAAGGUUUAACAGUGCUGUUCAUUCAUGGUCAGUACUGUUGUGGUUUCCUGGAUUUGAAAAAUAACAAUGUAGAGUAUCUAGCAUUAUAUAUGUGCCACUAAAAACAGCAACAACAAGAAUAUUGAAAUCACUGCAGACACAUUUUUCUUUAUUUGAUAGUUGAAAAUAGUGAGGAAAAUGCCAAGGACAUCAUGAACACAGCCAACAGAAAACUUUUCCUAUCUUUUUACCAAAAUGAUUAAAGUUUUUAUUUUCACAAUAAUGUGAAACAUAGCAGACUUUGACUAAAUAAUUAAACAGGAAAGCACAGGUAUUAAAACCAAAUAUCUGAAUGAGAAUACUAUAAAAAGAUAUAUGAUCCUGCAGAUGCACCAUCUUGAUCAUGUUGAACUUUAUAUAUAAAUUUAUCAGUAUUUUCAAUGAUACCUGUCCUGAAGUGACCAAUUUUGUGUCGUAUGAAAGUAGUUUCAAGCAGCUCUUUCAAGGCUUAUUCUCUACCUUUUUACGUCAUAAGAGUUUUAAGUCAAAAGUAUUCAGGCAUUUCACAGAUUACAAAAGGAAGGAAUUUGGAAAGUACAGUUGAUAAACACACUGCUCAUCCUGCUUUCUACAAGAAAGUUUCAUAUUUAUUUGAUAUAUUCUAAAAUACAGCAUUCAUUUAAAUGCUUAUGUUUCCCACAUUUUGCUAACAUGAGUUGCCUAUCUUUUAAAAGCUAUUUGAAGGUUGUUUGAAUUAUCUGGAGUUAUAUUCCCAUGUACCAUCACAAAUAACUUUACAAAAGGCAGACGUUUAGGACAUCUUCAAGGGGUAAGAUUGUGUUAACCCAUAAUUUGCACAUUUACCUCCAUUAGUGUUGUGCUGGUUAGAAGCAGCUGAUUAUAGCUUAAUUUAAAAAAAAACAUUUUGUUUUAUGGGGUAUAAAUCUUGCCAAAGAUCAUGCUCAAUUUUCUCAGUACCUUCUCAUAGAGUUUUAUGUUUAUAAUUCUACAGUCUAGUCACAUCUGGUUCUUCCUCUGGCAUAUCAAGCACUGGAGUGAUCCAAGUGUUUGUGUGUUUAAGAGUAAAGCUUACCAAAGGCGUUUGUAAUACUACUACAUUUAUUUCUGAAUGUUUAAGCAUACAUCAUUGCUAUAGGGUUUCUUUCAUGAUUAGAUAUUAAGUCAUUCACCUACUAUGUUAUGAAACCGCAUAAUCCUUGGUCACAGCUAUGUGUACGUACUUCUUUUAUAUCGUAUAUGCAGCAUUGUUCUAAAGUUGUACACAACACCACCAAGUAUAUAUAAACACUGACAUAUUUCUGGGGAUAUUUUUCUUCUUUUUGCACUAAGAGACACAUUGUGGAUCAGACGACAAACUAUGUUGUUAAAGAAAUAAUAAAAAAAGCUGUAAUUAA